UCGAAACAAAAUCCGUUCGAUCGCUGCAAUACCGACGUUCCGACGGUCACUCCUUACCGACAGUGGUAAGCCGCGGAUCUCGCCAGCGGGCAACGCGGGAGCCGCUACACGCCUAGGUGACGUCCGAUGACCACCGUGCGCACACCGCCAUUUUGCAGUUCACCCGACCGUGGUGGCGUCGUCGAGUGACUAAUUUGAUACAUCGGAACGAUUCAACACGAGGCGCGGCGUUUCGUCCGAUCACGUCACUCGACUCGUUCACUCGUGGUGUGCCUGUGGUCGUAGCGCGUGUAUCGUGUAAAAUACUCGAAAUUCGGAACGGAGUGAGAUUUGCCACGAGGAUACCGUCUUCUUCUCGGCGGGAUUCUUCCUGCUUCCGUGCUCGUCGACGCGUCGUGUGUACGUCGUGUGUGUGUGAGGGAUUCGCUGCACGUCGUGCACGGGUAAAAGCUGCACGAGUGAUAAGCAUUUCGUAUCGGCCGAGCGAGGAGGUGACGAGAAAAAGAGAGAGAGAGAGAGAGAGAAAGGUGGUGGCGACGGCAGGUCGUCGCUGACUGGCGUGGCUGCUUCUCGUUUUCGUCGUCGUAGUAUCGUCCGUGUGGUAGACGCUUCCGUCGAAGAUAGUGACGUCGUUCCCCAGUCCAAGGCGAUGGUACGAUGACCACUCUCAAGUGUCUCGUGUAUGCGCUCGUUCUAGCGGCGGGCUCGCUCGCGUACUCCUAUGACGACGAAUGCAGCAUUCCUCUAUUGGACAGAGCUCAUAUAACAGCUACUACCUCUUUGCCUGAGAGAGGCGCAAAGAAUGCCAGGCUAAACGGAGAUUCCACGUGGUCGCCCGAACUUAGCAGUUACGAUCAACAUCUUACUAUGGAGCUGGGGGACAGAUGUGAGAUACGCAGCAUUGCUACGCAAGGGCGGGCGCAUACUAAUGAAUACGUGACAGAAUAUAUUAUCCAAUAUUCCGAUGAUGGUCAAGCUUGGGCCAGUUAUGAAAGCCAGGAUGGCGUAGAUGAGAUGUUCAAAGGUAACGUAAACGGCGACGGGAUAAAACUAAAUAAGUUCGAGGUGCCGAUAAUCGCACAGUGGGUUAGAAUAAAUCCAACGCGAUGGAGGGACAGGAUAUCCCUGAGGGUUGAACUCUACGGAUGCGAAUACGUGUCCGACGUUGUUGCCUUUAACGGGUCGUCUCUCGUACGCAUGGACUUACUCAGGGAGCCGAUCGAGACUGACAGACAUUUUAUACGUUUCCGCUUUAAGACGAAUAACGCCGACGGCGUAUUAAUGUAUUCCCGCGGUACGCAAGGUGACUAUAUAGCCUUGCAACUGCGCGACAACAGAAUGCUGCUUAAUAUCGAUCUGGGAUCCGGUAUUAUGACCAGCCUGUCCGUCGGCAGUCUUCUUGACGACAAUAUGUGGCACGAUGUUUUAAUCUCCCGUAAUAGGAAGAACAUUUCGUUCUCCGUCGACAGGGUAUUGAUCAAGGGUAGGAUAAAGGGAGAAUUUCACCGGUUGGACUUGAAUCGUGAAUUCUACUUCGGUGGUGUACCCAACAUGCAGGAGGGUCUGGUGGUGAACCAAAACUUCACCGGCUGUAUAGAGAAUUUCUACUUGAACAGUACGAAUAUAAUCAGCGAGCUGAAGGAGGUGGAGGCGGGGGAUGAGAAUUUGAGAUAUCAGAGGAUCCACACGAUCUUCGCCUGUCCGGAGCCACCGAUAAUCCCCGUGACGUUCUUAACUAAAGGCUCCUACGCCAAGCUGAGAGGAUACGAGGGUGUAUAUUCACUGAACGUCUCCCUCAGUUUCCGGACUUACGAGGAGAACGGGAUCAUUCUUUACCACAAGUUUACGUCUCCCGGCUUCGUCAAGCUCUACCUGGAGAAGGGCAAGUUGAAGGUCGAGUUGCAAACGCGGGACAAUCCGCUGGUGAAUUUAGACAACUUUUACGAGACAUUCAACGAUGGCAAAUGGCAUCAGGUCAUCUUGACGAUGGCCAGGAAUUCCCUCAUUUUGAACGUCGACGGCAGGCCGAUGAAGACGAAUCGGCUCCUGGAACUGGUAACCGGACAGUUUUACUACAUCGCCGGUAUGACCGACGAGCUGAGCAAUCGCGGCUUCAUCGGCUGCAUGAGGAUGAUAAGUAUCGACGGCAAUUAUAAAUUGCCGACCGAUUGGAAGGAGGAGGAGUACUGCUGCAAGAACGAGGUUGUGUUCGACACCUGUCAAAUGGUGGACCGUUGCAACCCGAAUCCCUGCAAGCACUCGGGAAUUUGCCAGCAAACUUCCAACGAGUUCUCCUGCGUCUGCACCAAUACCGGAUACGGAGGCGCUGUUUGUCACACAUCGCUUAGCCCUCUCUCGUGCGAGGCGUACAAGAAUACGAACGCGGUCAGCCAACGGGCGGUGAUUAAGAUCGACGUGGACGGAAGCGGACCGUUGAAACCGUUCCCGGUGGUCUGUGAAUUCUUCGCCGACGGGCGCAUCAGGACGGUACUGCGUCACGGUAACGAGCAUCCGACGCCGGUCGACGGUUUCGAGGAGCCCGGCAGUUUCAUCCAGGAUAUCGUUUACGACGCCGACCUCGAUCAGAUAGAAGCCCUGAUGAACCGGUCCGCCAGGUGCCGGCAGAGGAUCAGUUAUUCUUGCAAGCAGUCCAAGUUGUUCAAUUCGCCAGUUCGCCAAGACGAGUACUUCGCGCCGAACUCGUGGUGGGUCAGCCGACACAAUCAGAAGAUGGACUAUUGGGGCGGCGCGCUGCCCGGCUCGCGGAAGUGCGAGUGCGGGAUACUCGGGACCUGCGUUGACCCAACCAAGUGGUGCAACUGCGACGCUAAUUUGGACGGGUGGCUGGAGGACGGCGGCGAUAUCACGGAGAAGGAGUACCUGCCCGUGAAGCAGCUGCGCUUCGGCGACACGGGCACACCGGUCGACGAGAAGAUGGGACGUUACACGCUGAGCCCGCUUAUCUGCGAAGGCGACGAUUUGUUCAAGAACAUGGUGACAUUCCGCAUAGCGGACGCCACCAUCAGCCUGCCGACGUUCGACAUCGGCCACAGCGGCGACAUUUAUUUCGAAUUCAAAACGACCGUGGACGACGCCGUAAUGAUCCACAGCAGAGGGCCGACCGAUUACAUCAAGAUCUCGAUCAACAGCGGCAACCUGAUACACUUCCAAUACAUGGCCGGCGGCGGGCCGCUCGCGGUGAGCGUGCAGACGUCUUACAGGCUGGCCGACAACGAGUGGCACUCCGUGUCGGUGGAGAGAAAUCGCAAGGAGGCGCGGAUCGUCAUCGACAACGCGCUGUCGAACCGGGUGCGCGAGCCCCCGGGCCCCGUGCGGGCGAUUCACCUCACCUCGGAUCUCAUGGUGGGCGCCACGCUCGAUUACAGGGACGGUUACGUCGGUUGCAUAAGGUCCCUGCUUCUGAACGGCCAACUGCAGGAUCUGAGAAGUCGCGCCCGGCGCGGCUUGUACGGCGUCACGGAAGACUGCGUCGGCAGAUGCGAGAGCAGUCCCUGCCUCAACAACGGCACGUGUUACGAGAGGUACGACAGCUACUCGUGCGACUGCCGAUGGACCGCGUUCAAAGGGCCGAUCUGUGCGGACGAGAUCGGCAUAAACAUGCGACCCACCUCGAUGAUCAAGUACGAUUUCAUGGGCAGCUGGCGUUCCACCAUAGCCGAGAAGAUACGCAUCGGUUUCACGACGACGAAUCCGAAGGGGUUCCUGCUGGGCCUCUUCUCCAACAUCUCGGGCGAGUACAUGACGAUAAUGGUCUCCAACAGCGGCCACUUGCGCGUGGUGUUCGACUUCGGCUUCGAACGGCGGGAAGCGAUAUUCCCGUACAAGCACUUCGGCCUCGGCCAGUACCACGAUGUGAGGAUCAGCAGGAAGAAUUCGGGCGCCACCCUGGUAAUGCAGAUCGACAAUUACGAGCCGCGGGAGUUCAACUUCGACAUCAAGACCUCCGCGGACGCGCAGUUCAACAACAUCCAGUACAUGUACAUCGGCAGGAACGAGUCGAUGAACGAGGGAUUCGCCGGCUGCAUCUCGCGGGUCGAGUUCGACGACAUAUAUCCGCUGAAGCUGCUCUUCCAGGAGAACGGGCCCGCGAACGUGCGCUCACUCGGCCCCGGGUUACCGACCGAGGACUUCUGCGGGGUCGAGCCGAUCACCCAUCCACCGGAUGUACUGGAGACCCGGCCGCCGCCGGACGUGGACGAGGAGAAAGUGCGCGCCGCGUACAACGAGACCGACACCGCCAUUUUAGGGAGCGUCCUGGCGGUGAUACUCAUCGCUCUCGUCAUCAUGGCGAUACUCAUAGGUAGAUACAUGUCCAGGCACAAGGGCGAAUACCUGACGCAGGAGGAUAAGGGCGCGGAGAUAGCCUUGGACCCGGACUCGGCGGUCGUUCACUCCACCACUGGCCAUCAAGUGCAGAAGAAGAAGGAAUGGUUCAUCUAAAACGCGGCUCUCUGUACGCGCGCCCAGGCAGUCCCAAGAACGCACGGUUGCUAUCGCGGACACUUCUAUUUGAUACAUUUACUAUCUAUAUGAAGGUAUCCUAAACGUAUGUAUUAAAAUUGGAUACGGCGCAUACGCGAAAUAGAGGCGCAAGGAAGGUUGCUCACGCUUCACGCCGCUAUUUUGUAUUCUAGAUGCAACAGGAAAUUCCUUGGUACACACUUUUAAGCGUCACUCGAUCUGUCUUUUGCAUGAAAGUGCCGUUAGGGUGCGUGGGGAAGUUACAGUAUAAAAAUUGUUAGAUAUCCUUCUUCAAGUAUUUUAUAAUCUAUGAGUUCAAGUGUCGGCAGACAGUCACGUGCUUUGUGCUCUUAUUUCGCGUAUGUACUCUAAUAUCUUAUAUACAAGUGAAAAGUUACAAUUUACAAGUCUAUAAGUGUGUAAUAUUCCUAGAAUAUUGUAUGAAUAUUAUUCAAUAUUAAGAUAAUUUUCUUAUAAUAUUCUAAGAAUGUUAUGUAAUAUUUUUUUGAUAUUAUAGAAAUGUUCCAUUGAUGUUACAUGCCCACUUCACGUAAUAUUCUUGGCAUAUAAAAAUGUUCUCAUAAUAUUAAAA